AUGGGGCCCGCUGAGGAGCUGGUCCGGAUUGCCAAGAAAUUGGAUAAGAUGGUGGCCAGGAAGAGCACGGAAGGGGCUCUGGAUCUGCUCAAGUCCCUCACUGGCUACACCAUGACCAUCCAGCUGCUGCAGACCACACGGAUUGGGGUGGCUGUGAACUCGGUGCGGAAACACUGCUCGGAUGAAGAGGUGGUGACCUCGGCCAAAAUCCUCAUCAAGAACUGGAAGCGGCUGCUGGAGUCCACCACCCCAAAGAAGGAGAAAGACACAGAUGGAAAGAAGGAGAAGGACACAGAUGGGGACAAGAAGAAGGAGAAGGGGCUGGAUGUUUCUAGCUGCCCCAGUGAAGGGGUGAAGCACUCCAAGAACUCAUUGGAGAAGCACAGGGAGAAGCACAAGGAGAGAGAGUCCAGUGACAGCCGGAGCCCAACUGCAUCCUCCAAGAAGUCACCUCUGGAUGGCAAGAAAGAGAGGAGAGACUCUGCUGACUCAAAGUCCUCCACCACCUCGACCAUGUCCUCCUCUUCCUCCCCACAGAAGAGACUGUCAGGGGAGAGGAGAGCCUCUGUGGGCACCGGUCCCUCUCCAGCUCCCACUGGCUCCCGGAUAAACUCUAGUGACAGCAAGGAGGAAAGCCCCUGCUUCCUGGCCCCCUGCUAUCUCACAGGGGACUCGGUGCGGGACAAGUGCAUCGAGAUGCUGACGGCUGCACUCCGCAUGGAUGAUGACUACAAGGAGUUCGGUGUCAACUGUGAGAAAAUGGCAUCGGAGAUCGAAGACCAUAUCUUCCAGGAGCUGAAGAGCACAGACAUGAAGUAUCGUAACCGUGUGCGGAGCAGAAUCAGCAACCUGAAGGACCCCAAGAACCCAGGCCUGAGGAGGAACGUGCUGUGUGGGGCCAUCGAGCCCAGCCUCAUCGCCCGCAUGACCGCCGAGGAGAUGGCCAGUGAUGAGCUGAAGCAGCUGCGGAAUGCCAUGACCCAGGAGGCCAUCCGGGAGCACCAGAUGGCCAAGACAGGCGGCACCGUCACCGACCUCUUCCAGUGCGGCAAGUGCAAGAAGAAGAACUGCACAUACAACCAGGUGCAGACACGUAGUGCCGAUGAGCCCAUGACGACAUUCGUGCUGUGCAACGAGUGUGGGAACCGCUGGAAG